CGCGGUCCGCCGGGAGCCGCGCGUUUUGAAAGUGCGGUCAUGGCGGCGCUGACCCGGGACAUGGCCCCGGCCCCGACUCCUGCCCCGGCCCCGACUCCUACCCCGGCCCCGACUCCUACCCCGGCCCCGACCCGAGAGCUGGAGCCGACUCCGGCCCCGGCGUGGUCCCAGGGCGGCGGCGGAAGCUACGGCGACGUGAGUGUCCCCACUCUGCUCCGCCUGAGGGACCGAAUGAAGGAGCAGCUCGCAGAGUACAAGACGGCUGUUCUUGCCGGUCAGGAAAAUUUCUUUGAUCAUGGAAUUGAAGAAAACUUUAUCCAGAGUGCCACACAAGAUUUGGAAAGAGAUCUAGAGGAAGCAAAAGUCUCUUUCCAGAACAAGAUGUUGGCCUUGCAAAGGAUCCAAAUUAUGGAUGCCCUGAGAAACAAAUUCAAACAAGAUGAUGAGGAAUCACGUAUGAUCCUGGAAACAAUGAAACACAUAGUAUUGCUCAGCCGGACAAUAAUUGACUAUCAGCAGCAAGUACAUCAGAAGGAACAGCAGCUGAUUGACCUUAAAAGGGAAAGACUCUCACUAAAAAAAUAUGGAGGACAGAAACUACAGCAAAUUCCUACCAUGAUGAAAAGGCAAAAGAAGAAACAAGAAAGUGUGAAUGUCACUGAAACAGAGAAGAUGCUUGAGAAAUUAGAAAAAGAAAGACAGAUUACUACAAUAAUUCAAAAUGUGUUCCAGAACGUCAUAAUUGGAAGCAGAGUUAACUGGGCAGAAGAUCCAUCUUUAAAGACAAUUGUUCUACAGCUUGAAAAAAAUGUGCAUUUUCAGUGAGUCGGGAGAUGUGGUGUUUAUUUUAUACAUUGUGUGCAUUUUGACUAAACUUGAUAAAUUAUAUGUAUCUCAAAAACACACUUCAAGAACUUUAAAAUUUGAACUUUCUGGUAGAUGUUGUUCUCUCCAGAGAAAUAGAAUGUGUCAAAACAGGCAGUAGAGCUGAUGAAACGAUCUGAAGACUCAUUUCUCAAGCUGUCCUGUCUCAAGCAUUUAUUUUCCUCUGAAAGGCAGCAAGAACACAAGAAAAGUUUCAAGCUUUCAUGUAGAAGUGGACUUAAACUGAGGAUUUUCUGUACCCCUUUCCUGGGGACCAGCAGGCCAAAGAGCUCAAGCAGUGUGCACAACCCUGCUCAGUCUCAGUCAAAAGCUCAGUCAGGAAAAUUUAUUAGCAAGUCUGGAGUUGGGAUUAUUUUUGUUUUUAAAGCAUUGUGUAUAAUUUAAACACCUGUGCAGCUAAGCAGUGUUUUAAUUGCAUGUCUUCACUAGCAUUUGCGCUUUUUUUCAGUUGGUGUUGUUUGUUUGAUGUUUGAAGGAAACUGACUCUUGGGACGUAGCACAGUUUGGGAGUGUGUAGUGUCCCUUGUUAUCUUGGCGUGUAACUUCUCUUUUAACUUGGUGAGUGAUCACCAGCUAUUUUUUGUAGGUGGAUGCCUUGAUCUAAUAAUAAAAAUAAACCGCUGAUUUUCCUGAAAA